AUGGCUUCACUGUACCAGCGGUUCAGCGGGAAGAUCAACACCUCCCGCUCUUUCCCCGUCCCCCCCGAAGCCAGUCACCUCCUGGGCGCCCAGUGCAGCGAGGAGGACGGAGCUGCCGGCAAGACCCCGCGUCCAUUGCAACAGGAAAGCAGCCGGCCCCGCUUCCAGUACCAGCCGCGAAGUGACUGCGAGGAGGAGGAUGAGCUGGUGGGGAGUAAUCCUCCACAAAGAAACUGGAAAGGAAUUGCGAUUGCAUUACUUGUUAUUCUCGUUAUCUGCUCCUUGAUUGUCACCUCUGUUAUACUCCUGACACCAGUUGAAGAUAACAGCUUGUCUCAGAAGAAGAAGAUUACAGUGGAAGAUCUAUUUAGUGCUGAUUUCAAAAUCCAUGACCCAGAGGCUAAAUGGAUAACUGAUAAUGAAUUCAUUUAUAGAAACCAGAAUGGCACAGUGAUUCUGAGGAAUGUUGAAACUAACAAUUCAACAGUAUUAAUAGAAAACAAAAAAAUUGUCUCCUUAAAGGCUGUUCGAUAUGAAGUGUCACCUGACCGGGAAUAUGCACUUUUUGCUUUUAAUGUUGAACCAGUGUAUCAGCAUUCAUAUACGGCAUAUUAUGUCCUCAGCAAAAUACCUCAUGGGGAUCCCCAGAAUUUGUAUCCCCCUGAAGUCAGCAAUGCAAAGCUUCAGUAUGCUGGUUGGGGUCCAAAAGGGCAACAGCUGAUAUUUAUCUUUGAGAAUAACAUCUAUUACUGUGCCCAUGUGGGGAAACAAGCCAUCCGAGUGGUCUCCACAGGAAAGGAAGGUGUUAUUUUCAAUGGGCUCAGCGACUGGCUAUAUGAAGAGGAGAUCUUGAAGACACAUAUUGCUCAUUGGUGGUCUCCUGAUGGCACCAGGUUAGCAUAUGCAACAAUUAAUGCCUCCAGAGUCCCCACCAUGGAGAUCCCAGUAUACACUGGCAGCCUUUACCCUACUGUCAAAAUGUAUCAUUAUCCAAAGGCUGGAAUGGAAAACCCAACUAUUUCCUUGCAUGUGAUUGGUCUGAAUGGACCUACCCACGACCUGGAAAUGACUCCCCCAGAUGAUCAAAGAAUGAGGGACUAUUACAUAACCAUGGUGAAGUGGGCGACCAGCACCAAGGUGGCAGUGAACUGGCUGAACAGGGCCCAGAACGUCUCCAUCCUGACGCUGUGCGACGCCACCACGGGCGUCUGCACGAAGAAACAUGAAGAUGAAAGUGAAGGUUGGCUGCACAGACAGAACGAAGAGCCGAUUUUCUCCAAGGAUGGUCGGAAGUUUUUCUUUGUGCGAGCCAUUCCUCAGGGAGGACGUGGGAAGUUCUACCACAUUGCCAUGUCAUCGUCACAGCCCAACAGCAGCAGUGAUAACUUACAGUCUAUUACAUCUGGUGACUGGGAUGUGACAAAGAUAUUGGCAUAUGAUGAAAAGAGGCAUAAAAUUUAUUUCCACAGCACAGAAGAUUUGCCAAGAAGGAGACAUUUGUACAGCGCAAGCACAAAUGGAAACUUCAACAGGCAGUGUCUGUCUUGUGAUCUGAUUGAAAACUGUACUUAUUUCAGCGCAUCAUUCAGUCACAACCUGGAAUACUUCUUACUGACAUGUGAAGGUCCCCGGGUUCCGAUGGUGACUGUUCACAACACAACCGACACACAGAAAAUUUUUGAGCUGGAAGUAAAUGAAAAUGUGCAGCUGACAGUAAAUGACAGGCAAAUGCCUAAAGUAGAAUACAUGGAAAUCAAGAUAGAUGAUUACAAAUUGCCAAUGCAGAUCCUAAAGCCAGCAACCUUUUCAGACACAGCGCACUAUCCCUUGCUUUUGGUUGUGGACGGGACGCCUGGCAGCCAGAUCGUGACGGAGAGGUUCGAGGUGACGUGGGAGAGCGUGAUGGUCAGCUCGCACAAUGCCAUCGUGCUCAAGUUCGACGGCCGUGGAAGUGGCUUCCAAGGCACUAAGCUCUUGCACGAGGUUAAGAGGAGGCUGGGCCUUUUGGAAGAGAAGGACCAGCUGGAAGCUGUCCGGACAAUGCUGAAGGAGCAUUAUAUUGACAAAAUGCGAGUUGGCGUGUUUGGGAAGGACUACGGCGGCUACCUGAGCGCUUACAUGCUUCCAGCUGGGGAAGAGAACCAAGUCUUUGCCUGCGGAGCUGCUCUUUCCCCACUGACAGACUUCAAAUUAUAUGCUUCAGCAUUUUCUGAAAGAUACUUGGGCUUGCACGGGAUUGAUAACAGAGCAUAUGAGAUCACGAAAUUAGCACACAGAGUCUCAUUACUGAAGGAACAGACAUUUUUGAUCAUUCAUGCUACUGCUGAUGAAAAAAUCCAUUUUCAGCAUACUGCCGACCUUAUCACACACCUAAUUAGGGCAAAGGCUAAUUACAGCUUGCAGAUUUACCCGGACGAAAGCCAUUACUUCAGCAAUGAAGCAUUACAGCAGCAUUUGUACAACUCCAUUAUCAACUUCUUCGUGACAUGUUUCCAAGUUCAGGACAAACUCCCGAUAGCCCCCCUGAAAGAGGAGGAGGACGACGAUUAACCCUACGUGUCCGUGCUAAGCACAAGGCAGAUCUCUCUAACAAUAUGCAACUGGAUCAUUUUCCUGAAGAAAGAGAUGUUAUGUUGUUAGCAUGUAUUUAAAGAAAACUGAAAGCAGCUCAUCUGCUUUACUUGACAGCAACUCCUUCCUAAAUGGAAGAACAUUAAGCAUGGUGAACUCAGCAGAAACUGCUGUCUGAAAUAAAUCCAUCACAACCAACAUCUUCUUUUUCUUUUUCUUUUUUUUAAUUUUUUUCUUCCUUUCUUUUUUCCUCUUUGUUUGCCACAAAGUGACUUCUACCGUGAAAGUGGCAAGACAUUGGACUUGAAGAAACACCCCAAGAAACCGCUUUGAGGACUGGAAGAUUUGAUGUCCCUUUGCAUUCAAGCAAUCAAGCAGUAGCAGUGAAAUCUAUCAUCCACAUUAGGUUACUAUAGUUAGCACCACACUGUGUCAGAAAAAAUAAAAUAAAAUCUAACCUAAUACACGGAAAAAUUACAGCACAAUUAUCUUAAAGGAUACUGAUUCAUGCAUACUUGCCUGCUCUUUCCCACGUUCAGAAGGUUUGUCAUUGCUACAGGACAUACAAAUUCAAUUGUACAAAGUAUCACUAUAGUUACUCUGAUGUUUACCUUCCUGUAAU